GGCCACCGAAAUACUCUCCCUCCAAGUUCCAAUGGCUUCAUUAAAUUGUUCCAUUGGUGAACUACUUCCUUGUGGGGAUCAGGAACCCCUGUUGACGACCAAGGACACUUGCCAUUGCCAAUUCAGGGUUUUAACAUAGGUUUUCAUCUACGGACUAAGGAGAGUUUGGCUUGCACGUACAUAAGAAGGAUUUUUACCAUGAAUGAAUGAGAGAAUAUUUUGACUUGAGUCAACUUCUUGUCGGGCGGAAAAUAUUCAAAUGUGUUGUUUUUUAUUCGCCUGAGAUAUUCUCCUUCCGGUGGUUUGUCGUCUUUCGAAUUUUUGUGCCAUGUCAAAAAAUACCCCGGAAAGUGGAACCAGAGGUGCUCGCAGACAUGUUUUGGACAUAAAAGAGAAAAGCGAUAGGUGGUGUUUUGGUGCUUUUCUUGUUCCAUUUAGAGAACCAGAUUCUCGAAGAGUCAACUGAAAGACUCUGUGACCAAUAGUUCUCCGAGCUGGAUCCAACUCGUCACGGUAGGAACACUCUUCGAUAUGGUUCAGGUUCAUUCUCAUUAUAAAACGGAGUUGCAGAUGAUUUGACUGGCUUAAAAAGUUUUUCGGAACCCACCCGGCUGGCGCAUUCAGAACUUUUUUGAUCGAUGCCUUUGAAUUUGUGAACAAAGAUCUUGAUUUGCACCAAAAAGAGGACGAAACUUUGACCAGAAUUUGGAUCUUGGUUGUCAAGGUGGAACAGUAACGAUCACACUAAAACAGAAGGCCGUUGAGUUGGACCAUGUUCCGAAUGGUAUUUGUGUCCCAUUGUUCCAUUUUCGUUCGUCUAGGUCCUAUAGCUCAAGAAACUAGGAAGUGGCCACAUUUUUGUUCAAUGUUAGGUGAUCAGACAAGUUAAAAUGACACGUAAGCGCACUUUCAACCAUACCCACACGAUGAUUCCACCUCGUGGUGGUAGCUUCCAAUGGACAGAAAUCUAUCCACUGAGGCCGAAUCAAGAUCUAAUUCUCCCUGGGGUUGUAAUCCGAGGCAAUGGAUUAGAUUUUCAGGUCAAAGAUCGAGGUCAUUAUCGCAGUCGCCACGGCUUUUCGCAAACAGACGGGAUCGCUCAAUAUGCAGGUCGAUUCUAUGCGUCAAAAGAUCAAAUCAAAAAUGGCAGGGAUCAACUAAGGACCAGUGAGUUCCCUUACCUUGGUCCAAGUUCCACUGGAAUCGAUUGGUCGCUCUAUCAUCAAGACGAGCUCUUAGCAUCCUGUUUUCCCCCAACUGAACUACAAACCAUCUCGGAAUUUUCGUUCCCCCCGUCAAGAUUGUCCGUUUCUUCACAAUCUUGGCGACCCGAGCUUAACGGAGAAUCUCGUAGGUACCGACGAAGGCACGCCUCCCAGGGCCAUCCUCACAGUCAUACGGUCAAGAAAUGGGCUUUUGGCCGGACGUUUGAGGUGGAGUCGCAAGACAACUUGGAGCGUCCGAAAUCGGAUCAAAGAUUCAAUCGCUUGGGCAAACAAAGAAAACCCCAUUCUGAGGAGAUUUUUUCGCCCUGUUUUUCUUCAUUGACCAAUUGUGGAGGUUCGCUUCUUAAUCAUUAUCGCCCAGAUGACCUUGGCUUAAUGAUGACCCGGAAGUCGCCGCGAUUAGGGAACCACCGCAAAAUCCAUUUAUGUAAUCGUCCCAGUCCCAGCUCACUUAAUCUACUAUCCAACGGGAUCCUAAAUCUUGAGGCCAAAUAUCGACCCAUUUCCAGGGAGAGUCUCCAGCAUUCCUAUGAUCUGUUGUACCGAAAUGACGCUCAACUUCAGGAAUUGAUCAAGACUGACGUGUCAGCGGAUGAAAUCGCUCAAACCGCAGAAGACAUCAAGGACAAUGAUAGCGAAGCCGAGAAUAUCAGCCAAAUGGGCGAAGAGCUAGUCAAAGACAGUAUAGAGGAGGUGUCCAAAAUGUUGCUGAAGAAGAUGAGUGUGGAAGAAGCUUCAGAACAGACCGAGAAGCACGUCACAUUUGACCAGGCUCCGAAUAUUGCGAUCACUUUACACUAAAGAUAUUAAAUGAUCAAAAGUAAGGAUUUUGUCGCUUUUUUUUGACCCAAGUAAACGCUUGCUAAAAGAAGUGAGAAAUUAUGUGAGAAUCUAUGCAGAUUUUAGAAGACCUCGAGGAACGGAUGGAUGGUAAGGC